AAAAAUCUCCAAUCCAUCAACACCGCCGAACAUCUAUAUCUUGGAAUCCAAUUGCACCCGUUAUCAAUACCACAGUCUUGGUACAAGCAGCACCGGAAAAGGGCUGAACUCUGGAUCGCGACACAUCGAUUAACAAUAUCGAACCACCGGCGUCUGUUCAACUACCACAAUGGCCGCUGUAGCAACCGCGCCUCGUGGUCUUCAGCCAAAUGCAUCUUUACCAGCCAAGGUCCAACCUAUUCCUCCUAAUCAAACUCUCUACGUAACGAAUCUCCCCUCCUCAAAAAUCCAGAAAGCCGACCUGCGAACCGCCCUCUACCUCCUCUUCUCCACAUAUGGCCCCGUCCUCGAUGUUGUCGCUCUUAAGACAAUGAAGAUGCGCGGCCAGGCCCAUAUCGUAUUUCGGGACGUUCAAUCUGCUACACAAGCUAUGCGAUCUCUCGAGGGACAGACAUUCCUUGGUCGCGACUUGAAAAUACAAUAUGCGAAGUCAAAGUCCAACUUUGUGGCUAAACUCGACGGCACUUUCAAGAUCCCUAAUGCCGCAGGUGCUGCCAACGUCGAGCAGACUGAACUGCAACAGAGCAUCUUCAACGCCCCCCCUCCCGGCUCAGCGCCGGCACCGACGCCCGGCUCUGGUCUUCCUGCGAAGCCUGCUGCGACCGCAGACCACGUUAUGGAAGACGCCGACACACCAGGUGGCCGAGGACAGAAGCGAACCCGUGACGAUGAGGAUAGUGAUUCGGAUGUUGCCAUGGAGGAGGACAGUGACGAUGAUUGAUGAACAAGAAUGAACCCAUGAAGGUCGGCGACAUUUCUGAGAGACGCAAUCGAUACGCUGCUACAUUGCCAUUUCCUUCGGGACCCAUAGCCCUACGCAACCUCCGACAAGUCCGAGCCAUAUCAUGAGAUAGUUGGUCCUGUCGCACUCGAAUUUGAGAAUUGCGUCUCCCAGCAAGCAGGGGUGGAUAAAGAAGGAUGGGACGCCCGUGAUAGGGUGGUGCUGUGAGCAAGACGUUAGUUAGGCCGACCAAUCUUGACGAUACCCGGAAUAUUGAAAUUGACUUGUGCAAACAGCUCUCCCCAGAAAAACGUACAUCGGCCGAAAUACCGCCUACAUUGCCCAGUGCUCGAAGCCCGGUCUUGUACUCGUCCGGUACAAGGCGGCGAAAGACAGUGUCAAUUUUGAAUGCUGGCUCAUCGGCAGGUAGGUUGCGUAGAUUGAACCAUAGACAUGGCACGCGAUACGUGGGGUGAAGGUGAAUUUCAUACUCCACCAUGGCAACUUCUGGGCGAGUCCGUUGCCUGAUUAGAGCGGCCUGCCGUAAUCUGUAAGACGGGGUUCGACACUGGGAAGAUAUUAUAUUGAAGAUGAGUUACCUCGUCUGCUUCUUCAGCAUCUAACAUAUCCUUGUCCCCACUUAUUGGUACAUGCGUUUUGUCGUCUGAGAAGGAGAAUCCAUCCAAAUCUAGUGAAAGAUCUCCAUGGUCUAGGUCAAGUUCAAGAGGCCGCCUUAUUUGGAUAUAUGUUGUGAAACCCCCACCAUAGGCGAAGUCUGUGCAAAGAGCAUUGCAGAGCCUCAGUUUCCACCGUGCUCGUUGGGGGCCCAAAGACGCUUGACAGUAUUGCCUGUCAAGGUGAUGGCAUGCUUCU